AUGGCGGAAAAGACCAGCACAGAAAAACCCCCCGAGAGCCCGACGACGGCGCGCGAGCUCGACUUUGACGACGACAACGAGACGCCCACGGCCGCCUCUGCCCCCGAACACGCUGCAUCGCCGCCGCCGUCGUCCAAGUCGCCCAAGCCCGGCGUGCGCUUCAACGAUGAAGCCACCGAGAUCCCACCGCCCAAGCCCCCGCGGCCUGUCGACCCCCAGGUGCAGGCGCAAAAUACGCUGAUCGAGGCCUUUCCCGGCGUCGACAGCAAUGUCAUCAAGGCCGUGCUUGUUGCCAGCGGCGGCAAGGUGGAGCCCGCCUUCAACGCGCUGCUGAGCAUGUCGGACCCCAACUUCAAGGCGGACGAAGCACCCCCGCCGCAGCCACCGCGCCCCCAGCCUCGGAGCCAGCUCGAGCAGGACGAGAUCUACGCGCGCCAGCUGGCCCAGCACUACCAGAGCCAGGGCGGCCAGAACGGCCAACGGUCGCGUGAACAGGCUCGCCGCCAGCGGCCUGGAGAGCCCGAGCGCGAGCACAGCUUCUUUGACGAUGACCUCCCAGAGAUCCGCAAGAACAUCGAGCAGGGCUUCAAGGAGACACAGCAGACGGUGACCAAGUGGAUCAGCAACUUCACCAAGAAGCUCGAUGGCGAAGUCGACGAGUACGACAAGUACGGCAACCCACAAUACACGGGCCGCACCGGGCCCCCGCCACGACAGAACUUUGGCCCGUCCCAGUCGGAUCAGAUGCAGGGCAUUCGCAGGUCGGCUGAGCAGCGAAGGUCGGCAGACCACAGCCGCUACGACGCCGACAACAGGGUGAUUGGCGACGACUUUGCCAAGCUCGAGCUGCGAGACAACGACGCACCACAGCGCUCUUCUAGCCGCCCGACGGCCAACCCUGACCUCUUCAAACCGACGCCCGUAUCGCCUCCCCAGAGUGGCCCUGUUGACGAGGUCGAUGCUCUCUACCGCAACCCAUCGCCCAACAACCAGAGUGGCCAGGCAAAGCCGGGCGGCAAGAAGUGGCAGCCGCUGACAUCAGUAGCCCCCAACCCUGAGCCUCACGAACACGAUCCCUUCAGUCUGGGCGAUAGCGAUGAUGAAGACAAGGACCACAAAAAGCAGGACACCAACCCUGCUGAUAGCGAAAGACUGAAGAACGCCGCUCAGAACAGUAGCGAAGGCCCUCCUGCGGGCAAGCUGCAGCCCUCAGAGCGAAGCGGCAGUGUGAGCCAAAAAGACGCCACCAUGGAGGCGUUGAUCAAGGAGGCCAAGUAAGUCCAUCUUUAUGCCUGGCUACUAUCAAUUAAAGUAAAUCCAUUUCCAUAUCUUGUUACGGCCAGUGAGUAGGACCGAAUGAAUUCUACACACGUCUUCUAUGCGAAGGCGUCUACGUUGUUAUUUUCGUAUCUCUAGACCUUUCCUUAUUCACCUCCCUGCCUGUGGAUCCUCAGCCGCUACUAUUACAAUUGC